GCGCCAUCUUUCUUUUUUCCUUUCCCGUGUAGAACCGACGUGUAGAAAACGUGUUGAGCGUUUCGUGCGUCGAAAUAUUCCCAAAAUAAGACGAAAUGGGGUUCGUUAAAGUAGUGAAGAACAAGCAGUACUUUAAGCGUUACCAGGUCAGGUUCCGUCGCCGUCGCGAAGGAAAGACCGACUACUAUGCCCGCAAGCGCCUGAUUUUCCAGGACAAAAACAAAUACAAUACGCCGAAAUACCGUCUGAUUGUUCGUCUCAGCAACCGUGACAUCACCUGCCAGAUUGCGUACGCCCGUAUCGAGGGAGAUCGCAUUGUCUGCGCAGCCUACUCGCACGAGCUGCCACGUUAUGGCGUCAAGGUUGGUCUGACCAACUACGCCGCCGCGUACUGCACUGGUUUGCUGGUUGCUCGCCGCAUUCUGCAGAAGCUGCGCCUCGACACCCUGUACGCCGGUUGUACCGACGUGACCGGUGAGGAGUAUCUGGUUGAGGCGGUCGACGAUGGUCCGGCAGCCUUCCGGUGCUACUUGGAUGUCGGAUUGGCUCGUACCACCACGGGUGCCCGUGUGUUCGGUGCGAUGAAGGGUGCCGUCGAUGGCGGGCUCAACAUCCCGCACUCCGUCAAGCGGUUCCCGGGCUACAGCGAAGAGAACAAGAGCUUCAACGCUGAGAUGCACCGUGAGCACAUCUUCGGUCUGCAUGUCGCCAACUAUAUGCGAACGCUGGAGGAAGAGGAUGAGGAGGCGUACAAGCGCCAGUUCAGCAAGUACGUCGCCCUGGGCAUCAAAGCCGAUGAUAUCGAAACCAUCUACAAGAAUGCUCACGCCGCCAUCCGCAAAGAUCCUUCCUUCACGAAGAAACCCGAGAAGAAGGUCACCAAGAAACGGUGGACUCUGGCCAAGCUGUCCCUUGAGGCCCGCAAAGAGAAGGUUGCGAAGCACAAGGCCGAUUUCAUGGCCAAAAUCCAGGCCGAUGUCGAAGCCUAAGCCGACAGCAGCAGCAAGCUUUUCCUUCUGCAUCCUUAUUACUUCUCUUGCGGUGUGCGUGAAUAAGGCGAGCAACAGAAAACAUUCGUUUAAAUUUUGGCUUCUAUUCGCUGAACAUUAACAUUAUGUUUGAAG